AGAGACAGGAGGCUACAGAGUUUUCAGGAAAUUGUUGUUGACAGACUUUUAGUCUGUUUUUCUUGUUCGCAAACAUGAAUGUUCUACUUUCUUUCGUCAUACUCACUGUUUUUAGCACAACUUCCCUUGCUAAGGAGUCUCCACCAAAAAUCAAGGUUUACAGCCAGAACCCUGUUGAGUUUGGUAAAGGAAUCAUACUGGUGUGCCAUGUGCUUGGCUUCUACCCCGAAGACAUUCACGUCAAUCUGCUGGAGAAUGGCGAGGAGAUUUCAGGUGCUGUGCAGUCUGAUCUGGGAAUUAAUUCAGAUGGGAUGUUUCACCUGUCCAAGAACGCCAGUAUUACCCCGGAAAGUGAUGAUAACUACGCCUGCCAUGUCAAACACAUGCAGAAUGAGAAGACAGUCAUCUGGGAGCCAGACGUGUAAACUUGGGUUUCAUUCCACGGGCUACCGGUUUUUUUUUCCACGCUUGCAGUAAUGAUACCACUUUUCCUCCAUCAAUUCAAGUCUCUUCAGUACAUUUAAUUACUCUGUAUAUCUGUCUUUAUAGGGCUGGUAAACAAAUAUGUUAACCAUUGUUUAAAUAUUAAACAAUAACAGCAAUUA